AUGAUGUCUUUGGGAUUGGACCAAUGUAAUCGGUCAGAAGUAUCAACCAACCAUUCUGAAUGUGGUGUUGCCAAUUACAUAAACGAAAUCGCUAACAAGAAAUAUCAUACCUACUAUGAUCUUGAAAAGGAUUUAUAUUCAGAAAAUCUGUCAGUAUUUUCCUUUGUUUUUACCGAUAAGUCAACCAAGAACACUGGAUUAGCUAUUAAAUGGAUACCUCUUCCAUCUUCCUUAUCUUUUAUUCUCAUCGACUAUAACACAGUUUUAUUUUUGGAGGAUAAGUCAUUUUUGCAAUUUUUAACGAAUUGUCCUAUGGAAAAAUGCCCUCCCUUUCCAACAGUCUUCCUUGUCUUUAAAAGUAUCCCAAAUAAAUCGUACAAUUUUCAUAUUUUAUAUUUUGAACCUGGAUGUAAUUCCGUUAUUUGUCUUAAAGAAUUUGAGCUCUGCGUGAACGGGCUUCGUCUGCCACAGCUUUUGAGGGACAUUAGUGAAUCGAUUUCUUCGGAUCGUGGACAACGAAAUGCUAAUUUGUCCGCUUCUUUUUUUACACACAAGAACUCAGUGUUUGCUAAUACCUUUUAUUUCUCCUUAGCAAUCAAGUUCCUCCAUCCCUAUUUUGACGAAUUUUGCUCUCAAUUUUUGGAUAUGAAAAUUGAACUCCCUCUGAAUUAUCUUUGGGAAGAUAUCGUUCCAUUUAUUUUUGACAAAUUCCAAUCAAUUCCUGAUUAUGGACUGAAAUGUGUUCGGUCUAUCUGCGAAAAGAAUGGUCACUUUGCUCAAAUCAACAAUAAAUAUUACUUUAUGAAAGUUAUGGAAUCAUUUUUAAGCACGCACCACCUUUGGAGUCAACAAAAUUCGAAGUUAUCCUUAGUGAACUCCAUUCUCGAACAUCUUAUCUUCCCCUAUUUACCGUACACGAGCUCACUUGCUGAUAUUUUUCAAAUAGAGUGUUGUGUUGAUGUCAAGUAUUCAAAGGUCAUCCUAAAUGCUCUUGCUGAAUUUCAGCCGCAAUUGCUAAGGGUGCUAAUGGAAUCCAAUAUGCAAGUUCUAUGGAUUUUAGGGCACCUCCUUCAUUUACAAAGCCUAUGUGGUGAUUUGGGAAUGUGUGAUAAAUGGAUGAAACAGUCUUUCAGCCUCUACUGUCAUUGCCUUGAUCAACUUGGUCAUUCUGGCACUGUACUACCUUCACAAAUAUUCUACUCCGGGGGACGUAUUCGCGAUCUUGACUUCUAUGUGGAGCGAUAUGAACGCUCUUUUAGUUCAUCUAAUGUGCCACGACUAUUCUCUCUGGCGAUCAAGGCCGCAAGGUUUCAUAUUCGUCAAGUGAUUCUCUCGAAGCCCCUACCUCGACCAUCAUUCUCUUCUCAACUCGAUUCUAUUUCCAUUCUGUCGCCUAAUUUGAAAAAAUUUGUUCAAAUUAAAAGGUUUGAAUGA